AUGUCGACCUCUAAGGAUGGAAAUGAUCCAAAGGGGAAAAGUGUGGAGACUGCCAUCACUAAUACUUCUCCUUGUGUGCUAAUAGUUGAAAAUUGCCAAGUUGAUUGCUUUGUUACAUCUUAUCUCUUAAGAGGGCAUAAUGUUCAAGUGAUUGCUGCUCAAGGUCCUUGGCAAGCGUUAGAGCUCCUAAAUGCGGAACACAACGUGAAGCUAAUUCUAUCUAAUUAUUGGAUGCCGAAUAUGACUGGAUAUGAUCUACUGAUGGAAGUAAAGAAAUCACCCAAGUUGAGCCACCUCCCAGUGGUGAUUACCUCAUUCGACAAAAGUCCUGAAAUAGUUAAAAAGUGCUUGGAUGGCGGAGCCAAGGACUACAUCAUGAAACCUAUCAAGUAUGGUGAUGUUCCUCGCAUUCUAAGGUCAUUGUGUGCUUUCAACUUGACAGAGUCAUACAAGUAUUGA